CUUCGCUGGGUCGCUCGGGUAGGCUCGGCACCUGAGGGCGACAGAGGAGGAGGAGGAAGCCGCGCAGAACCUUCAACUACCCCGGUUCUGCCCCGGUUCUGCCCCUGGGACUCGGCGAGAAGUAAGCGACCGGCCACCUUCGCUGCAGCUGCCUGACGCUUUGUAUCCCUGCUGAAGCCUCAGCCGAGAGCUUUCUGCAGCCAUGGUGAAAGUGUCGUUUAACUCGGCCUUGGCGCAGAAAGACGCAUCCAAGAAGGAGGAGGAAGAAGAAGGGGGGCAGAAUGAAAAAAACAGCUGCAGCAACCAAGUGCUCAUCUUGUCCCCAGACACAAAGGAUCCAGCAGAAGUGGUGCCUCUUGGUCAAAGAAGAGCUUGGUGCUGGUGUAUGUGUUUUGGAUUAGCUUUUAUGCUUGCUGUUGUAAUCCUUGGCGGUGCCUAUCUGUACAAGUAUUUUCAAAUUCAGGAAAAUGUUUACUUCUGUGGAAUUAAGUAUCUUGAGGAUGGCUUAACCCUAACUGACUCAGAUACAAUUGCUUCAGCUCCUCGUUAUCAAAUAAUUGAAGAGAGCAUCCAGAUCCUUCAGGAGGAGGAUGUUGAGUUCAUUAGUGUGCCAGUUCCAGAAUUUGCUGACAAUGAUCCAGCUGAUAUUGUCCAUGAUUUUCAGAGGAGACUUACAGCUUAUCUUGACCUCAGCCUGAAUAAGUGCUAUGUCAUUCCUCUGAAUACGUCAGUUGUUAUGCCACCUAAAAACUUCUUAGAACUGCUGAUCAACAUCAAAGCUGGAACAUAUUUGCCACAGUCAUACUUGAUUCAUGAGCAGAUGAUAGUCACUGAUCGUAUUGAAAAUGUGGAUCAACUAGGUUUUUUCAUUUAUCGCCUUUGUCGUGAUAAAGAGACUUACAAAUUGCAGCGCAAGGAAGCACUGAAAGGCAUUCACAAGCGUGAAGCAGGUAAUUGCCGGAUAAUUCGACAUUUUGAGAACAGAUUUGUGAUGGAAACGCUUAUUUGCGAAGAAUAAUAAGGAAUGCUACUGUAACAGAAAAUUAAAAAGAUAUUUCCAUUUAUCAUUUCUAUUAUGUGCAGUGAUUUCUUUUUAUAAUCAUUUAUUAAAGAAUAGACAAGGUUGUACAGCUGAAUCUAAUUACUUAAUCUCAUGAAACAUCUUUGUCAUAUUUUGAAGUAUAAUGUUAUUUUUGAUGUUGGAAUAGAAGAAGCUGUAUAUUGUUAAUGUAUUUCACAUAAUAAAUCCUGAACUAUCAGGAGGUAAACUGUGCAUCCAAUAUUACCAAAAAUUUAUAUAAAAUAAUUCUAGUUAA